UGUUAGUUAUUUUACUGUACAAUACGCCUUAAAUUGGUUUGAAGAGCUCAACAGUACACUGCAUAUCCGUUGAAAUCGGCCGAUUUUUAUGUUUAAAGUGAAGGAAAGUUAAAUGUCUGUCAUUCGUAUUUAAGUACUAAGUAUUCAAUAUACAUGUAAUCAAGUUUUUGAAAUACUCAACAGUUAAGGUCACCUAUCCAUAACGUACGACCUAAUUGUAAGAAGAAACUAUUUUAUCCACGCGUUUGUUAAACAAGUCAAUAUUGUAUACGUUAUAUGCCGCAAGUCUCAGGCGGUAUAUUUGUCGCCGCUAUAUACUAAAUCAUUGUAAAUUUGAAAACAGUAUUUAUCUAGUUUUAUCCAAACAAUACAAUCAAUAUCAUUCCGUGACAGUUAAACACCCGUUCUGAUACUGUCCUUUAUAUGGACAAUUACACCACCGCUUGCUCAUUUAGUUCGCCUGUGUUUAAAGCUUCUAAAUAAUUGUGUUAAAAUGGAUGCUAUACCCAUUUAACGAAAUGUUCGUGUUUCUAUUGGUGAAAGUUUCAGACAGACAUAUUACAUCAUAUUCUGAGUUAAAAGUAGUGAAAUCCUCGCAAGACCGUUUCGUUUGGGUUAAUAUUUCCACAUUCUAGGAUAUAACCUUAUUGCCAUUUUCGGUUAAACCCUUGACUUGAGGCUAUGGUACGUUCUCUACCUUGUCGAUAAACAGCUUGUUUAACGUAAAAUAUGCCUUCCUCGUACCAUCAUUGGUUUUCAAAGGCCCCACCUAAGGCCUUAUGUUUGUUCGCAAUUCCUUUCUGGAAGUGUGGCGGGAUACUAACUGCCCUGUUUUUUCAGAUUUGAUCCUGACUUAAGCACUUUUUCACGGCCUUCAAAUUUUAUAGGAUACACAUUUCAUUUUUCUUCCGUCACUUUAUUUACUAUAUAACUUAACAUGCUAAAAUAUAUUUAAAAACUAUAUGCAACUUAGUCUCGAAACAUAAAUGUAUACAAGGCGAGGAGCUUACCUUUGCACCACUAUUCACUUUGAUUUUAAUUAUGCAAAUUCUCCGUUUUUAAAGAUAUAGUAUAUCAGUAAAACUUUUAGAUAGUUCUUUCUCUUCAAUUUCGAAUUGCACAGGAAAGAAAGUUGUUGAUAAUAAAAAAUAUUAUAAUUCCAAAAGGAAUGAUGAUAUUUAGUUUCAAAUGAGGACUCUAUGUUCUAAAUAAUCCAAAUAAUGAUCAUUAUUCUUUGCAAGGUUGAGGUGUAAACAUAAAUCAAAUUUUGACAGUUUAUCAAACAAUCUUUGUUGCAAAUGAAAGUAACAGGUACAUAAUCACAUUUAUCGUUUAUGUUUUAAAUAUAGUACGCAAAAUAAGCUUAAACUGCAAAUUUCUCAGGCGUACGCGUUGUCGUGACACCAUUGUGUAAUUAGUGUAUUUGUAAUACAAAUGUAUCACACUAAUGAAGUAUGAAUGUGUUUUUCCAUGCAACAGAAUUCUUUGUCGGUAUAUGCGAAUAGAUUAAUAUGUCUGACGACAAGAGUGAGAGGAAAACGAACAUAGAUAGAGGAUGGGCGUGGGUUGUCAUGAUCACUUCGUACCUUGGAAUGGUAAUUCUUUGCACAGCUUUGUACAUGAAUGGAGUGAUUUAUGUGGAGCUGUUAAACAAAUACGGCGAAGGUGAGGCUAAAACAUCUCUAGUAGGCGCCCUCUGUAGUGGACUCCUAUGUUGCCUAGCACCUCUCGUGGGAGCCUUAAAUAACAAGAUCAGCUGCCGGUUCUCAAUGAUCAUAGGUGGUGCAGUUACAACGAUUGGCUUUGCUAUCUGUGCCUUCGUGGAUAGUUUAAACAUGAUAAUCAUCUUCAAUGGAAUUUUUGUAGGUAUUGGGUUCGCCCACUCUAUGUCUGGUUUGAUUUGCGUCGUUGGAUUCUACUUUGAGAAAUAUCGUGACAUCGUUCUUUCCGUUGUGUUCUUAACUGUUGGUAUAUCUAUGUUUAUUUCUGCUCCUUUCGGGUUAUAUUUGCUCGACGUUCAUGGCCUUACAGCAACGUAUUUGAUACAAGCAAGCAUUCAGGCACAUAUGUGCAUAUUUGGUGUCUUAAGUAGACCGUCUGUAAUAGAGAGACAAGUCCAGAAGCAAAAACAAAUGGAACGCAAACAAAAUUUAAAAAUGAGAUCAACUUCUUACAUUGAUAUAACGCUGUUAAAGAACCGGUCAUAUUUGUGUAUCCUAUUUAGUAUAUCAACAUGGAACUUUUGCCUUUCGGCCGGAUUUAUUCACCUUCCAAAUUAUGUUUCAGUACAAGAUGGAAGUAAUUCAGACAUAAGCCUAAUCAUGCUAUUGUUUUCGCUAUCAAAUCUUGCCGGUCGUUUUCUUGGAUCGCUAACAGUUUCAAAAUUGCAUAGGAACAUUGCUAAAGUGUAUGCCACAGAACUUGCAAUUUCUGGAAUAAUUACGGCUUUGUUCCCCUUAUAUUCAAAAAUAUGGGGUGGACUUUAUAUAUUCACAAUACAGCUUGGAAUAUUUACUGGCUGGCCUAACACUAUGAUGAUGCCAAUAUCUCUAGAUUAUGUUGGAAUAUCGAAACUUUCAGAGGCAUACGGAUAUUAUUUCUUAUUUUGUGGUAUAGGAUUUUUCACCGGACCGGUUUGUAUAGGUUUUAUUUAUGGUGUGUCGGAUUCUUAUGAGAACAGCUUUAUUGUGGCAGGUGUAAUAUUAUUUCUUGGUGGCGUGUCCGCAGCUGGAUCAUUCUUGUGUAAAAGUAGAGAAUCAACAAACUCUGAAUAUGUAUCGAAUGAGUUGACUAUAAUAGACAUAAAGAAUAUACAUAGCUGUAACAAUAUUGAUGCUAAACUAGGUGCUUCAUUAGGUUCCAUACACAGCGGCAGUGUAACAGAUCUCCUGUCUUGCUCCAGAUCUCAGAACUUAUAUAUCAAAGACACAAGUAGCAUUAUUGAAAAUGUUACUGAUAUUAAAGAAGUAAAUGGUUUGUUGAAUGAUCAAAGAUAACACUUGUUUUAUACUAUUGCUUCUUAUAAAUGCAAAACGUUU